UUGGUUUAUUGGGCGCAGAAUGUCGAAAAAUUAUCAUUGAUAUAUUAAUAAUAAGAUAAGAUUUUUAAAUAUGAGUCGAAAGCUUUAAAAUUUUUGUUUAUUGUUAUUAUUAUUAUAUGGUAAAAUGAGUUUACCUUGGAUUUCAGUUAAUAAUAGGUUACAUCAAGGAAUAUCUUUGAUAAAUAAUUUGCCUGCUGUAAAAUUUCAGCUUCUAAUUUCACAUAUAGCCACACAUGAAUCGGACGUUUUAUUUUCCGACGAUGAAUUGAAAAAAUUGGGAGAUUCUUUGAAGUUGCAGGAGGCUAAACUACAAUUACUUUUGCAGAGCAUAUCCUACAUUUUUAAGCAAAGCAGCAAAGUUAUCUUAAAGCCCAGUGAACUGCAAAGGCAUUGCACAGAAGUGUUGAAGCUGGAGCCACAGAAAGCGGAAGAGUUUGUGAAACAAUGGUCGCAUAAAGCUAGCAAAGAUCUUGGAGAGCUUGACGCUAGGAAGAAAGUUGAAGGUCUAUCUUGGGAGCUGAAUUUACAGACAGCUUCAAAUCUGGGUAACAAGCAAGCCUUGCCUAAUGGCAGACUUCAGUUUGAGUUGAGUGAUGCUACAAAUGCAGAUACAGGGGAACAACUUGUGUUGGAAAUGGGUGAAAGUAAUCUGCUUCAUUUGUAUAGUAACUUAGAGGCGAUUCAGGCCAAAUUAGACACCAUAAAUAAAAAACAAUAG